UUAUAUAAUAUUUUAGUAACUAAGUAACAGCAUAAAUUUGACCCGAUACUGUAGAUCCCUGAAUUAUACAAUACAUUUGUAUUUAUUCAACAUUAAUAACAAGUCUUCUCAGUAUAUAUAAAGAAUCUAUUUAAAGUUGAUAACCAGUCAAGCCACCAAAGCCCAAGCCCCUUUGCGACACCUUAAAUAAAUGUUGAGGAAAACCUUUUUUAAUCCCUGUACACACCUGAUACCUCUUUCGACAGCAAAUGUAAUGAAAAAUUUGAUUAAGCUAUAGAUUUGCCUUUAGCUUGACAUUACUUUCUUUAUAUAUAUUUUUUAAUAUAUUUUAAACAAACUGCCAAUAUGAGGACAUGAUCGCUAACAUUGUGUGUUCCAGCAAUUUGUAACUAUUUGCUACAUUUUAUCUCCCUGAUUACGCCACCCAGUGGACUAAUGUGGAUCCAUUGCCAUCAGGUCUGGCCUUUUCCCUUUUUCAAAAAGUAACAAUUAUAGAUGGUUUGCUUACUUCAAAUUUAAAACAGGGACUCCUGUGGAACUACCAUAGAAUAGCAUUAUGGUUGUGAAGAGAAAUAUAAUAUUGUUCUCAUGACCUUGAAAAUAGUUUAAGAAUUCAAGCUUUCUGUGGCCUCUUGCAUUUCCACAAUAAACUUGUGUUGCAAUGCCUGCAAAGGGCUUAAGUGGCAGAAUGUUUUGAUGUAGGAGAACUUAGCCACUUUGUGCCACUUACAUUAAAAUACACAAUAUGUAUGGGUCACAAAGUAGGAGGUUAAUUCUAGUUUGGCCCAAGAAGUGUUACUAAUUGCACGAAGUUGAAAAUAAGAGAGCAACAUUCACAGUCAUCAAUUAAAAUAUUUGCGAGCUACAAAGCUGUUGUCAUUUAUUUUUCAGUUCCCUUUAUUAAUGUGCUAUAUAGGACCGUUUUAUCUAUAUCAUAUUAGUGUCUACAUUAGUCUUUAAAUAAAUAACAAUUGAUGUAUCAUUUAUUGAGGUAAAAAUAAUCACUACAGUGAAUAUGUAGGCUGUAGCUUUAAGAAUGUAUCCUCCCCCCUCUUUCUGUCCGUCAUUAUUUAUCUCGCCUGGGUGCUAAAGCGUCGCUGAUCCCAUUUCAGUACCAGCAGCCAUGGCCGAAAUUAAGACGGGAAUUUUUGCAAAAAACGUCCAAAAACGGCUAAGUCGGGCACAGGAAAAGGUGCUGCAGAAAUUGGGUAAAGCGGACGAGACAAAGGAUGAACAGUUUGAACAAUGUGUCCAGAACUUCAAGAGACAGGAGUCAGAGGGCUCCCGACUGCAGAGGGAAAUGAGGGCGUACUUGACAGCUGUGAAAGCAAUGCAACAGGCUUCAAUAAACUUGACAGAGUCACUACACGAAGUCUACGAGCCAGAUUGGCAUGGGAAGGAUGAUGUCAUGACCAUCGGGAAGGACUGUGAUGCCUUGUGGGAGGACUUUCAUCAAAAGCUAGUGGACUCGACAAUUAUCACAUUGGACAACUACCUCCAACAGUUCCCUGAUCUUAAGAUCCGUGUUGCAAAAAGAAGCAGAAAGCUGAUUGACUUUGACAGUGCACGGCACCAUCUAGAGACCCUUCAGGCAUCAACCAUGAGAAAUGACCGGAAGAUCGUGAAGGCAGAAGAUGAGUUGAAAAAGGCCCAGAAGGUGUUUGAUGAGCUAAAUGUCGGUUUACAGGACGAGCUGCCCACUCUUUGGGACAGCCGAGUUGGAUUCUAUGUGAACACGUUCAAGAGUGUGACACACAUUGAAGCCAAAUUCCAUCGGGAAAUCUCCUUACUCUGCAAACAGCUGUAUGAAGUGAUGACCAAACUUGGAGAGCAGCAUUCUGACAAAAUGUUCACCAUUCAGGGAGCUCCAAGUGAUUCGGGACCUUUGCGUCUUGCAAGGACUCCAUCACCCCCAAGUGAUGAUAGUCCACCUGACAGCCCAGUAGCAAGUCCGAACCACUCUCUAAGGCCUGUUUCUCCUGGUCCACCAAGGCCCAAAUCACCAUCACAGCUGAGAAAGGGGCCACCGGUACCCCCACCACCUAAGGCCACGCCCACCAAGGAGCUGCACCAGGAGCAGAUCAUCAACCUGUUUGGUGACGAAUUCCUACCACCGCCUGCAAUGUCGCCAUCACUGCCCAACGAGAGACCAGGUGAAUCUCUCAUGGAUAUGGACUUUGAUCCCUUCACCCCAAACACUCCGAUGGGGCAGCCUGUGUCACCAGCGGGACAGGCAUUACCCUGGGACAUGUGGACGGCAAAUGUUGAACCUGCACAGCCUGGUGGAGACUCUGGCUUUGUUGCAGACUGGGCCGCUGACUUUGGCCCCACUCCAGAGAACGGAGACUCUGUUCCUGCUGCUGCUGAAGCUGCAGCCUGCGAAGCUCCUACUGCAGGGCAAGAAGAGGCCCAGGAUGGGGCCCAGAGCUGGCACCAGGCAGACGGCUGGGGCGGGGACACAGGGGAGACAGCAGUAGCAGCACAGCCACAGGAGAGCGAGGCAGCAUCUGGAGAUGAGGUGACCAACAAUGCAUUUAAUGGAUUUUCACAGGAUUCCAGUGCUCCAGCAUUCUUUGCUGAUUUUGAUAGAAUGAAUGAGUCCACUGGUGUCCCUGCCACCGCUGCCACUGAGGCUGAUGUGGACACUAAAACAGCUGUGGCCACUGAGGCUGCAGAGGGUGCAGCUGCCUGCGAGGCAGAGGCAGGGCCUGAGGCAGUCACAGAGGCAGUCCCUGAGGCAGUCACAGAGGCAGCCCCAGAGGCAGCCCCAGAGGCAGUCCCAGAGGCAGUCCCAGAGGCAGUCCCAGAGGCAAGGCCUGAGGCAGACCCAGAGGCAAGGCCUGAGGCAGCCCCAGAGGCAGGGCCUGAGGCAGCUGAGGGCCAGGAGCCUGCUGCCUCUACUGAGGAAACCAAGAGUUCCACCGCCCCUAAAGAGAAGACGCCUGCUUCCUCUGUUGAGUCUCCUGAUGAGCCUGCCGCCACUGAGGGGGCUGAACCAGCCGAGGUCCUCCCUGCUGAAGAGGCUGAAACACCACCCCCUAUUGAGGAAGUACCGCUGGAAUGUGUGGCCAACCCGGAGGAAGGGAAGGAGGCCCCCAUGGAGGAGGCUCCGACCGUAGUGGCUGAGCCAGUGGAUGAGAAGCCUAAGGAGGCUCCUGUGGCCACCACUGAGGGUCCUGCAGAGGUGGGGCCGGAGGAGGAGAAGAUGCCCAUCCCAUCUGUGGUGAUUGAACCUGCCUCUAGCAACGAGGGUGACGAUGACCGUGACGGUGACAUCAUCUCCCCAACAACCAUCAGUGACAAUGGGGUGGCACCUGAUAACCAACCAGCCAAAGACAUCAGUUCCUCUGGUGAAUUUCCCAUUGACUUCAUGUAUAAGGUAGAGACUCUGCAUGAUUUUGAGGCAGCAAACUCGGAUGAGCUUGAACUAAAGAAAGGUGACAUUGUUCUAGUCAUCCCCACAGCUCUUGCAGAAGAUCAGGAUGCUGGUUGGCUGACGGGUAUGAAGGAAAGUGAAUGGUCACAGCUUGGAGCUGAUGCCCAUAAAGGACUCUUCCCAGAAAACUUCACACAGCGUUUGGAUUAAUCAGCCAAGCCCCAUGGAGGGGGAUGCAGGGGGAGGAGGCAAGAGACCCGGAACCUCCAAACGUCUGGAUAACUGUCUGCUGACAAGUCUGUGACCUUAUCCACAAGGCAUACAAAGGCUCCCUAUAAAGGAAACGACAAAUCAACAAAUUAAAUUGUGGACAAACACUAGUACCUACUCAAAGCAUAACGAAAAAUAACAUGAGCAUGAUGCGAAUAGUAAGGUCUACCCUCCUUUAUGAAUUGAGACACUUCUUUGUUUGUUUGUUUGUUGAUCUGUAAGCGAAGGCAACAUUUGAGUGUGCUUUGUUGGAAGUGCUUUGCCCUCCACAUAUGAUUCCGUUUGAUCAGAAGAAAAACGAAAACGAGUAAAAAGUUACCUUGUCCUCUCUGCACCAAGUGUAUUGUGUUGAUUUUGUUGCUUUGCGACAGAAUUUAUCAGAACCUGUAGUGCUAUGAUCUAUUUAACCGUUCUUAAGUGUUACACAAAACUUUCAGUGUUUCUUUCAGACAUUUCAGACAUAAAUGUUACCUUGCAUCAUUGUUAGUGUUUUCUUGUAGUGUCAUGGCUGAACGUGUGAGGCUAUGGUGAUGAUUUCUUUGGCGUACUCGGUGUUGACAUCGUUCAUUGACAAGACUCGCUGUGCUCUUGCCAAAAGAUAGUGGACUUGGAGAUUUUGAACAUCGAAAUGGGCAUUCAAUGAGUUUCCAGCAUGAAUAAUAAUGUUUUGUGAUGAAACGAGUUCCUUAAAACUGGCAGAUACAGCUUUUACAAAGCUGGAAAAAAUCUAUGUAGCUCCCCUCCACAGACUAAAUAAAUGUAUAUCCUUAUAGCCUACCUUAUACAGUAUCUGCAAUUACAUAUACACAAACUAAGUCAACCAGGUGAAGAUCUAUGAAGAUAUUUAUUUGUGAAUGAAAUGUUAUGUUCUGAUAAAUUUUAUUUUACUUUAUAUUUUUUAAGUCAAAAGAUCACUGGGAAGGUGUUGGUGUGAAAUCCGAUAUGCAAUCUAUGUAAUUGGUUUAUAUAGGGUCCCAAUAGUCCAACUGUUCAGUAUAGAAAUUAUUAUGUCACUCCUGUGUUCGUACAGUUAGCCCUUACUGUAGAACUUUUCUUUUGUGAUGUACAUAUCUGUGAUUACUAUAUUAUCAUAAGUGAAUAAAGAAUAGUUCAUAUGGUAAAUUUCA